UCUUGUUUCUUCUGCAAACCUUGAGCUCCACUCUUUCAUACGACUCUGCAACUGCACGCGUUUUGACAUAGUAACCUAUAUCUGUUGUGCUCUGUACGAGAAGACAAAUUACCAACACGCAAAGAUGAUGUGGGCAGGGUUGGCCCUCCUGGUGACUGCCCUCAAUGUGGAGUCCUACAUAGUACGGGACCAGCAUGAGCGUCUGUCUCAUGGUCGACAGUUGAAGAUUUAUUUACCCAAAAGUACAGAGAAAUUGGAAUUCAUCCCAGCGGACGACCCCCGGCAGACACUGGUUUACUGGGACAAACUGAGGUCAAGCAGUCGGGCAUUGAGGGGUCAGGUGUCUGGGUCGGGUAGUGACCGGCGCUGGUACCUGGAACAGGUGACAUAUGACGAUCAGGGAACGUACAUCCAGAAAGACUAUUGGGACAAAGAGAUUUCUACGCUCAAAGUGGCCGUGAUGACUAAAAAAAACUACAUAAAACGUGUGGCAGGGAGAAACCUGUAUAUUUCAUUAGAAGGCAUCAGACAAGAAGACGCUUCACUUGAAUUCUCUGGAGGGUCUGCUAAUGUUACACUGGUCAGAGAUGGCGCUCUUGUGUCUCAGGAACUGGCUGAUUAUUUUGACAGAGUUCGUUUCAGUCAUAAAAACAUUGAGAUUGUCUCAGUCAACUACAGUGAUGUGGGACAUUAUCACCUCAGUGACCGCAAAGGACGCCUGGUGUCUGUGACCAAGCUGGACCUCACGGAUGUAGAUGACGAAGUGAAUGGGAACCCGCUCCUGGCUCUGCUGCUGCUCCUGGGAAUACCAGCCGGAAUUUGUUGCUGCUGCCGAAAGAAGAUUUUUAAGAAGAAAUCCACGACUGCCCAAACGCAGGCCUCUCCUGGUACAGUAGUCAUACCUAGUGGACCGGCUGGACCCUGUCCUCCGUACAACCAGCCACAGCCCGGAGGAGGAUAUUACCCAGCACCAGGCACCGACUUGGGUCCUUCCAUCCACCCUCCUCCCGCUGCCCCCGGCCCAGGACAGUGGAACGGCCCUCCCCCCUCUCCGGGUUUUAACCCAGCUUACCCGGCUCCAAACCCAGCAUACCCUGCUUCAAACCCAGGGUAUCCUCCUCAAAACCCGGGUUACCCCCCUGCAGGAGCUCCCCAAUGGAACGGUCCACCUCCAGCUGCUGGAGCCUACCCCUCAUACCCCCCUGCAUCCAACGCUCCUAUGGGUUACACUCCAGCUCCUAUGAUGUACAGUGAAGCUCCACCAAAAGAAGAGAUUAAAAUGGAAAACAUGGCUCCUGCUCCCACUGACCCUCUGCUGGCCCAGCCUCCACAGUCCUCGCCAUCCUCAGGCUCUGCCCCUCGGGUCCCCCCCUCCACUACAGAUGCACUGCAUUCAGCUGACAAUGCUGCUACUUUUGAUGUCGGCAAAACCUCCACCAACUUCCUCUAAAUAGCUAAUUAUUUAUCUGUUACCAAGUAAUAUACAGUGGGUGGGCAAUAUCGAAAAAAAAAAAAAUCACAUUUCUUUAUUUUUAUUGUCUCUAUGCCAAUGUUUUUAACAGUGCAUCAGGAAUUUGCUAAAAUGUGCCUGCAAAUGUCUUGGUUGUAUCACAUAAAAUGGAUCAUGAAUUAAAGGUGCUGUAUCUUUACAGCACCUUUGUAUCUGUCUCUGUAUCUGUAUGUAGUUUGUUAAAACAUGAAAAACAGAACUAGUUCAUUUUAACUGGUUUGCAAUGGUCCAAAGUUAUUCCUCACUUGUGGUGAAUAAUUACAAUUAUUCACCAUAAUGAAUUUGUAAGCACUUUUUAAAAUUUUUAUUUUUAUUUUUGCCAUGAUGGUAAAGUCAGCAAGAGCUAGCAUGCUAGUGGACUUAUUGUGAGUGGAUUUAUUUUGAGCUGCCUACACAUCUCUGUACUGGAAGAAGACAAAUUUUGCUCAAAUACAUGGGGAAAAAAUUGGGUACAGGUCCUCUAACCACAAAAGCGCAAAUAAUAUCACAUAUAUCCUUGUUUGGGAGAUUAUACUAGCAUCACUUUAUAGUUAUACUCAAUAUUCUAAUUUUGCAUACCUCCAAAAUAACAAUUGCAAUAUUAUCCAUUUUAUACAUCUCCCACCUCCUUUAUACAGGCCUUUAAGUCCGGAGUUGACUGGAUUUCACGCACAGGAUCAUAUUUUGUGAUCUUUCCAAGUUUGGUUAAUUUUGUUUUUAUUAGAACAAAGUGGUUAUGGAGAACUACUGUUGCAGUCUGUUAUUUGGGAAGUAAAUUUGCCACAAAUUUUUCAUAGAUUUUCAAAACUAAAUUAUAAAACAGGCUAAUCUGCUGGAAUAACCUGCAAAACUUGAAAAUAUAACAAAAAGAAAUGCAUCUAAAACUUUGCCAAUUUUCAAGAGAAUUAUUUUACUCAAAACUGUUUUAUGGUAUUAAGUUAGCUGAACAGCUUCCUUGAUACAAUACAGAUUAUUUGAAAUAGUUUAUGGAAAAAAUUAUUGCAUUAUUUCUUUUCUUUCCCUUGGAUCCCUUGGAUUUUGAGAUUGGUGAGUAUGUGCCCCUUUCAGCUCAGAAAAUAUCUAUAUUGAAAGAAAAUUCAUGAGUUGUUUAGGCCUUUAAAGUCACAGUAUUCAAGGUUUUUUUUUUUAUUUUGGCUGAAGAAACUUUUUGGCCUGGAGGAGGGUUUUAUCCUGCUUGUUUCUAUGAAAAUGUUGUUCUUUGGCUAUAAUCUUCCACAGUAUAGCAUAAAACUUAUCUCCAUGGAGAAUAUUCAGAAAUAUGGUUUUAACUUUCUCUUUCCAUGGAAUCAGGCAGGAGAUGUGCCACCUCCAGAAUGUUACAUACUGAGCCUUUUAAAAUUAUAAAACAUAAGGCCAACAUUUUCAGGUACAGGCAACUGUACCUAUAUUAUACCUUAUAUAGACUAGGGUAAAAUGCAGAAAAAUGCCAAAAAGAGAGUGCUUACAAGCUUACAUUAAUGUUAAACAUAAUGUCAAAGUGUCAAUGUCCUUAUUUAGUCAAAAUGAAGGACUACUAAUUCAUUAGAAAUAGUUUUGGUUUUUUUUCCAUUCUCCCAAAGAAUUUAAAUGAGGCCAUCCCAGAUUGACAUCACAAAGCUAACCUUAUUACUACUGUAAUAUAAAUCUGUCUUUUGCCAGUUAUAAUUACCAGUAUUGUUUCUUGACAUAAAUUAACAUUGAAAUGCCAAAUUUUGAAUGCUCUACUUGUUGAGAAUUGGUGAAUUUUACUGAUACAGUUUCAAACUACUACAACGUCAAUGUUCAAAUGUUUCAAAGUGUUUUAGUGCAUUAUUAAAAUUGUAUAUUAUUAUUUUUUGGAUGACAUGAUAUCACUAUAUUUGGAGUAGCAUAGGAAACUGUUACAUCAAGUUUAGUUACUAUAGGGAACACGGGUAUAGUAACUUCAUAUGUUUUUAAAUAUUGUUUUUAUCUUGCACUCCACUCCUCAUUGAGUUUUAUUUUAAGUAAGAGAAAGCAAAGUAUAUUUAGCUUUAAUUAUGUGUUUUUGCUGUAUAUUGUUGUAUCAAAAGGCCACUAUUCGCACAAACAACAUAUCUGAAUUUAGCUGAUUGAGACAUAAAGCAGUUGUUGAAAACAUCUUAAAGAGGGAUUAUUAUACAUAAUUGACUUUAUUAUAAUGCUAUUAUAAUGUUGUUCCUUCAUCAAAAACAUGCCUGAAGACGUUUUAUAUGUCAUCCAUGCAUGUUUGAGUAAUCUUGCGAUCUCUCCCAGGCCCUAUUUUGCUACGGUUAGCAGUAUGAGGCCAUAAUCCUUGUACAAGGUUUACCCACAAGCGUAUGCAACCCAUGCUCCGACGUGGCUAUUUUCCAUAAAUAUAAGAGCAGGCUACAAAACAACACACUACAACUUCACAAACUUAAUACAAUGUGCAGUAGUUUCAUUAGUGGAGUACACAUUGAUAAUGUCAUGACUUGGGGCAGAGAGCAAGGGCAGGGGGCCUCAGUGUCAAAAACGACAAUGUAUGAAGUGGGUAGAUCUUUAUUUAUCAUUUGUUUAUUUUAUUUAUCUAACUCAAAGUAUAAGAUAAAUAUUUCAUAACUAACCAUUUGCAAGUGUAUACAUGUCAAAUGAACUUCCUGCUUUGCUAUGGUGAAAUUACACCACUUUUGUUCUCAUCACUAUAAGCCUGUUGUCCAUCUCCACUGGGACAAUAUUUAAACAUAUUGGUUACUAAUAUUUAGUUUCAUUGUAUGCAUCAUGUUAAAGGUGCACUGUGUAACUUUUUCUGGUGGAGAGUAUAUACGUCAUUUGCUUGUCUCAAUGGAUAUGUUUUUGCUUUGGAAUGUUCCACAGUAUGGUAUUAAACAUGCCUAUCUAGAGACAAGUUUAAUUCCAUACAGUGGAACUUUACAGGCAAAAGAAAUAACAUCUCCAUGGAGACAACCAAUUGAUGGACCCUCCACCAGAGAAGUUAUAUGGUCCGCCUUAGUUUUUGGUCAGUUUGUGCCUUUUGAAUGUUGUUUUUGUUUUAUAUACUACUAUUAACAGACCUACUUUUAUUUUUGAAUGGUUUUGUCUUUGGUGUCACUAACAGUCUUCAGUGUUGUAAAUGUAACAGAACAUAGAAAAGGAUUUGUUUAUUUUAGGUAGUAUUAUCCGAUGGCUUUACAUGGUGGUGUAGUGAAACAUGUUAUGAUAGACAACAAAAUGAUUCAAUGUUUGUGAAUGUAAAACGCUACACUACAUAUAAAAUACAGAUAUUUUAGGGACUAUCAUAAGCUCCUACCUCUCAUUUUAUACUCCUGGGAAAAACUGUGAAAAUCUUUUAACUGUGGAUGCGUCCAUACUGGAAUAAAAAAUACACUGUAUUUUCAGUACAGUCAAAAUUUAAAUGCAUUUGCAAAUGAUUGGGUCAUUUCUUAGAUAUAGUAUUUCUUAGAUAUAGUAUGGUGGACUUCACUAACAUGGGGAGGCUGCAUUCACCUUCUGGACUUUGAUGUCAUUAUUUCAAAUGGAGGGCACAGGGCUGUAUAACUCUAUGAGAGAUUUGCUGUUUUUAAAAGGUAAUCCUGAAAUUGAAUCUUAUUAUUUGUUAAUCUUUCAUUUAUUGGUGGUUUUCAGAUUUACCUAUUGAUCACAUUGUACUUUGCCAUGAAAUAUAAUAGAAAAAACCACAAAUGUUUAACCUAAUCACUUCUAUUAUUGACUAAACCCUAGAACUUACUGUAUUACAACAGAAAUCUGAAUUUUAAUAUUAUAUUAUUGUGAUGUCAUCUGAAACAAAUCAAGAAUAACUAUACCUUAAUUAGUCUUAAUAAAGCACAGAAAGACUUAAUUCAUAACGAAGUUAGUUAAGAACAAAUAGGCCUUAGUAAGUAUUUAAUAUGAACUCCUUAGCCCUUAUUUAAGUAGAUGCUAAGCAUAAAUUAUUCCUAAACUAUUUGUUCAUAAUUAAGUCUCCAUGCUUUAUUAAGGUUGUGUAGUGAUUAAGUUUCAUGGCAAACUCCACAGAAAGUCUUGUUGUUUUCCCCAUCAACAUCAACAUAAAUUGUGCAAGUGGCUAAUUCUCCAUAUACUAUACUCCUGACUUACUAAUUGGAUGAAUUAAUUUUUCUUACCAGUGUGGACGCAUUCUCCUCUUCUUAAAUACUCACCUGUCAACAGCCUUUCUGUAAACAACUGCCUCAAACCUGACCUUUUUUAGUCUUUUACAAUUCUAGUAAAUACAAGAAUGUACUGUACAACUUCUG